AUGUCGGCGCGCGGGCCCCUGGCUCGCCUGCUCGCGCGCCGCCGCUUCGAGUCCGCUGAACUAGAGGAACUGUACGCACGGUACGCGUGUAAGCUGCAGCGCACUUCGGUGGGCUCGGCUCUGGCGUUGUGGGCUGCACUGGCUGCUGCCCUGGCCGCUGUCGACGCUACGAGGGGCUGGCGUCGAGCACCACAGGUCGGGGUACUAAGCGCACAUGCUGUGCUCUGCGGCGGCUUGGCUUGGUGGUGCGGCCGAGCCGGUGGUGUGACACCAGAACGGCGGCUCCCACGGGCUUGCUGGUUGGCUCUAGCAGGCGGCGGGGUCGCUCUCGCUGCCACACUGCCCGCCUGGAGCCCGGGCGCGGCUGUUGAAGGCGCCGCUCAUGUCGUGUGGGCAGUUUUCGCGGCAUAUGCCUUACUGCCCGUGGGCGCACCAGUUGCAGCGGCUUUCGGCUUGCUACUGCCCACUGUACACACCAUUGCUGCAGCGCUAGUCGCAUACCGCUUCCCGUAUCACGUUUGGCAGCAGAUGGUGGGCAACGUGGUGGUGUUCGUGUGUGUGAACGUGGUCGGUGCACUGAUGCACUCGCUGAUGGAGACGGCGCAGCGUCGGGCCUUCCUCGAUACGCGGAAUUGCAUCGCUGCUCGGCUCGAUAUGGAGGACGAGAACGAGAAAUUGGAAAGACUGCUGCUGUCCGUGCUGCCUCAACACGUUGCCAUGGAGAUGAAGAACGAUAUCAUUUCACCGGUCGAGGGUCAAUUUCAUAAAAUUUACAUACAGAAGCACGAGGAAGUCAGUAUUCUCUUCGCCGAUAUCGUGGGCUUCACGGUUCUCGCAUCGCAGUGCAGCGCCCAGGAGCUGGUGCGGCUACUCAACGAACUAUUUGGCAGAUUCGAUCAGCUGGCCAAUGACAAUCACUGCCUCCGCAUCAAGAUCUUGGGUGAUUGCUACUACUGUGUGUCUGGGUUGCCCGAGCCGAGGUCCGAUCAUGCUCGAUGCACUGUUGAAAUGGGACUGGAUAUGAUCGAUGCUAUCGCAUCUGUAGUGGAAGCGACAGAUGUACAACUAAACAUGCGCGUGGGCAUCCACACUGGGCGAGUUCUAUGCGGGGUGCUCGGUUUGCGCAAGUGGCAGUACGACGUGUGGUCUAAUGACGUCACGCUCGCGAACAACAUGGAAGCUGGUGGCGAACCGGGGCGAGUGCAUAUAACUCAAGCGACGCUGGAGUGCCUCGGAGGAGCAUACGAAGUCGAGCCGGGGCACGGCGCUAGUCGGAACGCGUACUUACGUGAUCAUUCCAUACAGACCUACUUCAUUAUUCCGCCGCCCAGGAGGAGAAAGAUGUGCCUGACCGCCGCAAUGGGCUUAAGCUCGGGAUCGCGGCGAAAGCUCUCCUUCAAAAACGUAUCUAACGUCGUAGUACAACUAUUGCACUCGAUAAAAUUCAACGUGGACGUCCCCUUUUCCAACAUGGCCGCUUCCCCGCAGGAGCUCAAAGCGAACGCCGCCAGGAAGGUGCAGGAUUUGCGUCGGGCGCUGCACGCGGAGCCCGGGUCGGCGGAGGCACUCCGGCUGGCGGCGCUGAAGGAAGACGUGAGCGCGCUGCGCCCCCGCCCCGCACCCGCAUCGCCCGCCACAGCCCCGCACAACCACACCUUCGACGCGGUCAUGCAACACCACGCACUACGCACACAUGCAACGAAUAAAGUUACGGAGAAAUUUAAGCGGCCUUUGAAAAAGCGUCAUUCGUCUGUGUACCACCAGCCCACCAAUCGAGUGAACAAGUACCUCGCGCAGGCCAUUGAUGCGCGGUCUGUUCAUCGCGAAAAGGCCACGCACGUUCAUCUGCUGACGUUAUGCUUCAAGGAACCGGAUAAGGAGGAACAGUAUCGCGCAUCAACAGACGGAGGAUGGGCCGGUUCUCUGAGUGCAGCAUUAGGUGCUUUAGUGGCCGCUGGGGCUCUCCAAGCCGCUAUAUUACCACGCACAUUGAUACUUUUAAUACUCUUCGUAAUAGCGUUUGUGUGGUCGGCCGCAGUUCUAGUACUUACGCUUGCAGCGAGACUUAGACUUAUCCCUUGUGAUGUAUCGAGACCUUUCGCUUUACGAAACGCUAUCACUACGUUCACUAUUGUAUUGGGUUACGCCGUUGGACAAGCUAACGUGUUAUCGUGCCAACCAGUGAACGUAUGUGGAAACCUGACAGAGAACACCACGAAUAUGGAUGGGCUCAGAUCGAUGAGAGAGGAUGUAGUCUCUACAUUAUGGAGUAGUCCUGAUAUCCACCGGAUGUGCCCCGUACCCCUGUACAUAACCCUCGGAUGCUGCUUGAGUAUGCUAACAGUUGCCGUCUUCCUGCGUCUUCCGAUCUUGGUCAAGGGGAUCCUGUUAGCUGUGAUGACCGCCGGAUAUGUCGCUGUUAUUUUGAUUUACCAUAAAUACCUCUUCGAUUGCUACGACCUCAUGACUGAUUCUGGUGCGAUUAGUUCGGCGUAUGUAUCAAGCGCAUGGGCGGUGGCAUUAGCGCUAGCGGUUUUACUUCACGCUCGUCAAACUGAAUGGACUGCCAGAUUAGACUUUCUAUGGCAGGUGCAGGCCAGGGAUGAAAAAAGAGACAUGGAUGCGUUACAGGCUUCUAAUAGGCGGAUAUUAUUCAAUCUUCUUCCGGCGCACGUGGCGACACAUUUCCUCGACAAUCAGUUCAGAACUAAUAUGGACCUAUACCACCAGUCGUACCAUCGUGCGGGCGUCGUGUUCGCCUCCAUCACCAACUACCACGAAUUCUACAUGGAGCUGGACGGCAACAACCAGGGCAUGGAGUGUCUGAGGUUGCUGAAUGAAAUCAUCGCUGACUUUGAUGAGCUUCUUGGCGAGGACCGUUUUAGUGCAAUAGAUAAAAUAAAAACAGUUGGAUCCACGUACAUGGCUGCGGUGGGUCUUAUACCGGAUAAGAAAAUGACAGAUGACCCUAGCACGAGGAAGCAUAUGGCAACACUUGUAGAAUUCGUCUUCGCUAUGAGAGACAAACUUAAGGAUAUUAACGACAAUUCUUACAAUAAUUUUAUGCUGCGUGUUGGAAUCAACGUCGGUCCAGUAGUAGCGGGUGUUAUAGGAGCGCGAAAACCCCAGUAUGAUAUUUGGGGCAACACCGUUAAUGUAGCAUCUCGUAUGGAUUCGACUGGUCUACCUAAUCACACCCAAGUGACCGAAGAAGUAUUCCAAGUUCUCAAAGACAUGCCUUAUCAGUUCGUAUGUAGAGGAAAAGUUAAAGUGAAGGGGAAGGGGGAAAUGACGACGUACUUCUUAACAGACAGAGCACCAGUGAAUACCAAUAACCAUCAUGUAGCCAAUCAGCCCCAAAAUCCUCCCACCGCUUACGGGGGUGUGGCAACGCCUCUUGCUAUGUUUCAAAAUUCAGCGCGGCGAGCUAUAGUGCCAACAUCUCGCCUUCCGCCAUUACGAGAGACGUCUGUAGCUGGAGAGAACGAACCAUUACUACCUAACAAUCAUCAAAACGGUAAAGGUAGUAAAGGACGUCGAAAUAAGGAAGAAGACACUCCACCCCCACCUCCCCCUCAUGGGAUUAAUGGAAACCCAAGAUGGCCGCCGCCUCGAGCGCUAGUACCACCCUGGCCCAGACCCCAGGAACCAAGACCCCCUGUGGCUCAUAAAAGGAGAGCUCCAGCGAGGUUACCGAGGCCGAGGUCUAGCGAAAGUCUACCUCUAGCCCGCAGCCCACGCGUACAUUCGUCCGCUGAUGAACUCAGCUCGCUGACUCGUUCUCCAAGCUUAAGCUCUUCAGAUGAAAGCUUUUCUCGGACCACGGAUGCAUCCCCCUCACCGCCCCGUGCGACGCAGUGGCAACAACCUCGCCCUCAAAAGGUGGAAAUAAACCCUAAUCCAGGUUACGACUACUACUCGCCCGUUCGGAAAGAAUCCCCAAACAUCAUUUACGACUUCUAUGUCAAGUACAGGUUAAAUAAGAAGCCCUCCCUGGAUGAUAAACUUUUAGAUGGCAGCAUAAACCUGCAAAAAGAGGAAGAGAAAUUGCAAAGGAGCAUAUUGAAUAUGCAAAGCUCCGCGAAAAGAGAUGGCUGUAGUCAAACGGAUAAGAAGGACGUUCCUCACAGGUUCGCACAGAGAACUAGCUCGUUUUCGAGUUCGGGCAGUCGACCGAAUAAUCUCAAACAUUUGAACCACGAUACUAGGGAAGUGUUUACGAAACGUAGUCCGUCAGAUAUUGCCUGUGUGCCGCCGUUCGAGCGUGAAAUACAAAGGCUUCUCGAUGAUAAGAAUCUCGCUUUGGUCAAUUCCCCGAAACUGGAGAGAAAGGAAUUGAAAUUGGAUUUGAGGGCCGCAAACGCUUGUGUGGAAGCGGUACGCGCAAGCAAUAACAACAGUAGUCCUCUUCAUGCGGUGGGCUUAGCAGCUAUAACACAGUUAGCCCGCGCUGAACCAUCGCCGUGUCCUGCGCCCGCGCCGAUAUGUACGCCCGUGCUGCCCUCUCCUCGAACCGAUUUUCCAGGCGUCCUGCCCACAGACGUCGUCGUUGAUCUACCUUCGCCGACACACUCGAAACAAAGCACCAACCCACCACCAGCGAGGAAAGAAUCAGAGAAUGUGAAAGAGAAGCGUGACCAUGUCGACAGGCUACAUAAUCGGGUACCCACUUCUAACCAUAGAGAAAUGGGUAUCUACGGCGAGAGCCAAUCGGAGUGGAGUUCCUCGUGUUCGGAAGGAGAAGGCGAAGGUGAAUGUGGGCAACCAGAGAGCACUGGAUACACGACAGAUGACCCAGCUCUGGAGAACGUGUCUAUGCUCAACGAGGCAGGGUUGACAGACGCGGAGGCGGCGCUCAGCGAUGUAAACUCUUGCUACUUCGACCGGGAUGAUGACGUGUCUUCUAGGGCGUCGUCCCGCCUCCUGGACUCAGAAGCGUUAGUCUCGCUAGAGUCCCUCAGCGCCAUCUAUGAUUCGGACGAGCCGGCGCACAGAUACCUCGCCAAUAUCCGCACCGUGAGCGAGUCCAUCACCAGGAAUUUCGGCCAGCCAGCUCACGUCACGGACGGCGAGAGCGACGUGUGA